UUUUAUUGCUUAAGUUAAAUAAAAAAUUGGAUGAAAAUAUCUUAAAAACGACAAUAAAAGUUAAUAAUUAGUUCGUACACAUUUGUGAUUUGAAUGUGUGCAAAAUUUGAUGUUAAUUAAAUUUAAAAUAAAGUUCAGUUCUUUUAUCAAACAGAAGAAAAAAUAAUUUUGUGAGAUAUUAUGAACAAAAUUAAUUAAUUUAAAGCAAAAGAAGAAAGAAAAUUCUAAUUAGACGAAGCAGCUUUUUAGCUGCUCUUAGAGCGCUAUAAAGCAAAAAAAUUUUUUCGAAAUACUGAAAAAAUUUAAGCGUACCGUGUGUGUUUUUGUGGCCGAGGAAAAUAAAACGUUGCGUCAUCAUUAUCUGUGGAUUUUCGAUUCGGUGUUAGUUGCUGGUUACACAAACUGGCCACAAUCUUGUUCGGAAUCAAUACACCGUGCCCGCUUUCUACCUCUGCACCAGGCUCUGGUUGUGGAAAGCGGUCUUUGUUGCGGAGUUUUAUUUGGUGUAGCUACCACUUGACUACAACUGCGUAGUUUCAUAGGAAUUGUCCAACAACAUCAACAAUCAACAAAUAAAAUGUCCGUGCAACAAUUUUGUUUACGUUGGAACAACCAUCAACCCAAUUUCAUCUCAGUCUGCUCGUCAUUGCUGCAUAAUGGCACACUAGUUGAUGUGACAUUAGCUGCCGAGGGGAGACAAUUGCAGGCCCACAAAAUCGUAUUGUCGGCAUGCAGUUCAUAUUUUCAGACACUCUUUACCACGAAUCCAUGCCAACAUCCCAUUGUUAUAUUAAAGGAUGUACAAUAUGAUGAUCUGAAAACUAUGGUCGAUUUUAUGUACUAUGGUGAGGUAAAUGUAUCGCAAGAGCAACUGCCUCACAUAUUAAAAACGGCAGAAAUGCUCAAAAUCAAAGGCCUUGCCGAAAUGCCCACCGAUCCUGCCAAUUUAACUAAAUCCGACAGUAAAUCAUCAAAUGAUGCAACAGAAUUAGUGGGUGGAAGUGGUGGCAACAAUGUGCUAAGUAGUGGUGGCAACAGCAGUACUGGUGGCGGUGGAGGUAUUGGCAGCAAUAGUGGCGCUGGCAGCGUUAGUGAUUCCAUAUGGGGAAGCACAGAAUUUCAACAACACCAGCAACAACAGCAGCAGCAGCAACAACAACAGCAGCAACAGCAUCAACACCAGCAACAUCAUCAACAGCUGCAAGCACAACAGCAGCAACAUCACCAUCAGCAGCAGCAACAGCAAUUGCAUACACAACUACAGAAUAGUCAAACACAAACUUCACAGCAACAGCAGCAGCAACAGCAACAUCAUCAACAAUUAAGACGCACACCAUCUCCAUUAGGCGCGGGCGCCUCACCGGCAACUAGAAGAAAACGAUUGCGAAAGUCCUCCAAUAAUGGUUCCGGUGACCGCACUAAUUCCGAAGAUCACAACACAUCCUUGGAUGCUGCAACCGCUGGUGGCUUAACACUAUCGCAGAUGAGCCAAAUGACAUUCGGUAGUUCGGCUACGAAUAGCGGUCUUGGUGGCUUGACAGCACAUUCACUACAUACGGCUAAACUGCUUAAAGAGGCAUCGAAUAAUGAUCUAGAUCAUAACCAGCAAGAUUCAGAUAGUUUAGAUGACACCCAUGGACAUGUACAUAUGCAAAUUAAACCUGAAGUGGAUAUAAGUGGUGUACAACAAUCGAUGCCAUUGGAUAUAUCUGGUGCAACAACUCCCUCUGAACAUGAUGCUCCUAAUUCGCAAUCUGCCCAUUCAGAUGCCUCAGUGACGGUAGGUGGCAAUCCUUUCAUCGAUGAAGCUGCUCGUGGAAGCAAACAGCAACACCAAACGCAGCCACAACCCCAAUCACAAAUGGGCACCAAACGUAAUCGUGUACUUACUAGACAGCCACGUGUCAAACGCGACAGUGAUAGCCUGUCAAACAGUCAAAUUUCUCCAGAACCCUCAACAGGCAGUUUGGAUUUCGAACCGUUCACCAGUACAACUCAAACUAUGUACACCACUGGGACACAUCAUCAUUUGUCAGCGACAGCCCACCACCAUCAAUCUCAUCAUUCGCAUCCGCACCAUUUGCUUUCGGUGCCGCCCCGUAUUGAGCGCCACUCGUCGGAACCAACUCGCAGCUUGUCACCUUCAUCGCCACACUUGCUAAGUGUACCACAAUCGACGCCUUAUUUAAUAAAACAACAUUCGGAUCCUUUAUUGCCUAGUCAACAUUCUGUUCAUCUGAGCGGCAGUUCUGGUGGCUCAACAUCGUCGGGCAGUCUAACCAAUCCCUUUGCUCCUUUACAUCGUCAAUAUUCCCACCCAUUGCCGGGAAACGUCAGCGGUGCGUACCUUGCUACUAGUGCUCCCCUCCAACAUUCGCAACACAUAUCACUACCAGAAUCUAUUUAUGAAACUGCUUCUCCACCACCUGCAGGAUCAUCGCAAUACAUAGUCCCACAACAAACUUCAAAUCAUCAGAGCCAAAACACACCAUCAUCGAACAGUAGCAGCAAUCCAACAACUCCUGUCAGUCAUGCAAGUCCCACAAAAUCGAGUGGCUGUUUGCCCCAGUUUACGUCCACAUACAUGAGUGGCGGAGAGAGGUCAGCAAUGGCUGGUUCACCACCCAUACCAAGAGUUCCUUCGACCCAAUUAUCAGAGCGCAGUGUAUCCGAAGAUAGUCAGUCCACAGUGGUGGCAGCAAAUGCACCAUCAACAGCAGCUACACCAACUUCAUUGACAACAGCAGCAGUUGCCAGCAAGUUCCGAGCAUCGAAAUCUGUGUCAGCUGUUAUGCAAACGGAACGUAGUAGUUCCUUGCAGGCGGGUAGCGGAAGUUCAACCUCUUCAGGUGGCCACAGCAGCGGCAGUUCGUUUGACCAUAUACCAGCACUAAGGGUUAGGAACGAGGAGUUACAGCGAUCGGUAUCAUCUCCACAGACCUCCAGGGAGGUAAUAACUUUAGAAAAUCCACGUUCUAGUCACUGUCCGGUGAUACGUCCCGGUCCUGCGUUGGGUUGUAAUUUUUGUUGGAAUACCAUCGAUGGGCAUGGCAGAAUUUUGCGACGCAAAACCAAAUACCAUUGUCCAGAAUGUCAAACGAAUUUAUGUAUUGUGCCAUGUUUCCAGGAAUAUCAUGAACGUCUUAAUAGUGAACUUGAAGGUACAUCGAAUACAAAUGCCUCCAGCAGCAGCACCACCGCUAAAAAUUCAACAAAUUCCAGUACAUCCGCAAAUGCCGCCGGCAAUAAUCAAACCACAGAAGGCGGAAGAAGCAACACGCAUAGUAGUAGUCUGCCUUCAUCAGGAAGUGGUGGUGGUAGUGGCAGUAGUGGGAAUCGACAUUAUACUAAAACUGAAACGUUUUAGUUGAAAUUUGAACGAAUUCUAUUAUAGUGAUAAAAAAAUAUAUAUAUUUGUUAAAUGUAUACACAAGAAAACAUCCAUACGCCUAUGUAUGGAUAAAUUUGUAUUGCCAAUGUGAGACCAAUCGACCUCCCCUUGUAUAAAGGGAGUGAGUCAUGGUCCUUAACACCGUCUGACCGGAGCUAAGAACUACUGUGAGACAUAGAAAGAGAGUUCUUAUCGAGUCAAAAUCUAAAAUUAAUUUCAUCUCUUUCUUUCCUUGAAACAUACUGAUAACAACAUUGUUUUUCAUUACCUGUAAACUUGCGAAACUCUCCUUUUGUCUCCUAUAACCUUUGUAUCCAAGUUACUUAAAAUUAUGAAAAAAAAUCUAGAUUUAGUGGUAGAUGGUGUUAUAUUCCAAAGAAUUUGUGGUUUAUAACGAUACAAACCGGUUUCAUUUGAAUUAAAACCGAAUUUAUGAAAUGAAGAGUAGCUUAAGUAUGGCUCUUUCACAUAGUAUUUUGCAAAAAUAUAUUAGGAAUAGAAUCAAGUUAAAGCUAAGAGUGGUGAUACCAAAGUAUGAUACAUAACAUUGCCAAGUUAAAUUAUUUAAGCUGUACAAAAUGCCCAAUCCUUGUACACGCCCUUUUGGUUAUGUACAGUUGACCCAUGUCCUAUGCCAUAGGAAACCCGCUUAUGUUAUAUAGAAACAUAUUUUUUGACAAAUAGAGAAACGCAUGAAAAUGCAUAUUUGCCCAUUAACUUUCCAAACUUCUCACAUAUCAAUGAGUGCUGUCCGAUUCAAGCCCAAUGAUAAGGGGCCUCCUUUUUAUAGACGAGUCCGAACGGCGUGCCGCGGUGCAACACCUCUUUAGGGAGAGAAGUUUUGACAUGACAUAGAGUACCUCACAAAUGUCGCCAGCAUUAGGAGGGGAUAACCACCGCUGAAUAUUUUUUAUGAUGUUCCUGCCAGGAUCAGUGUUGCCACUCAAGAAAUUUACAAAAUCCUACCAAACCAAACCAAAACCUACCAAAUGUUCUACAAGAAAGCAAUGUCGUAUAGUGGGAUUCCAUUUUCAACACAUCAAAUCAAAUUACAUACAUUUUCAACUCUACAAAGUACUAGAUUGUCGUUAUUCAUAGAGGAUCUAAACAUACCCGUCACUCUGUUUGUUGAAAUCACAUAAAACCCUUUAUACUGAUCUCCCAAUGAGAAAUCUUCAGUGCAUAAAGUCGUAUUUCUGCCCCAAUUUCAAUGCCGAGUUUGGAUAGAGCGAUCUCCCAAUUUAAGUGUUUGAGCGAUUUUACUACCCAUUUUCGAGUUGAAUGGACCAUGAGUAUGGACCAGACUUGGC